AUGAUUUCUGCUUUUCAAAAUUUCCAUUUGCCAAUUAUUUCCGUUCUAAAAAUAGAUUAGAUGUCAUUCGUCCAAUUAAGCACUUCAAAAUUAUGUCUUGAUUGUAGAAACACAUAAUUAUCAGUUAAUAAACUAUUUUUUUUUAAGAAAACAAAUUCUAAAGUAAAAAAAUUUUAAGUGGUGAAAAAGCAUCCAUCUACCCAAAUACUUUACAGCUAAUAAAAUUUACAUUAAGUGUGA